GCCAAGAAUGCUUGCUUUAAUAUUACUCCUCCCCUCUUUUCUGCAACCCAUCUUUCGUUUCUGGAACAUGUGGAGUUAGUUUGAAACAGAUCAGAAAUUAACAAGAAAUAUAUUCUUUUUCUAACUUAUUAAAAAAAAAAAAAAAAAUCUCUCAACCAAAGAGGAAGACAAUAACCUUCCAGCCACCCAUAACCAAAUCAGUUCCUUGCAGAAAACCCCAUUUCACCAAAUCCGCCAUUAAACAAACACCAAUUCAAUCCCCCAACUGCAACUAUGUUAGCCUCUCAUAGCUCUCGUCUUUCUCUAUAUUUCUACACCUCUCCUCGCCCUCUCUUCCCAUCUUUCACCUCCUUCUCAUGCAUCCUUUCCGCGGCGGCCGGAAAACAUCGCCACCGCUCCUCUCAUCAGUGCUGCUGAACAGUAUGAAGUCCGGCCGGAAGAACAGCAACCUCUCCAUCUUCGUGGUGGUGUUCUCUGUUUUCAUCUUUGGGUGUUUCAUGUACAAUGAGGACGUGAAGUCCAUUGCGGAGUUCCCGUUUUCUCGGCCCAAGGCGGCGGCCGAUAAUCAAGAACUCCAAGAAAGUCCGGUCCAAGAAAACGCCACGGCGGCGAAGAAAGAAGACGAAAUUGGAGAUCAGAGAAGUUCAAGAACUGUGGUGGAGAACGAGGAGGAGGAGCCAUUGCAGGAGGAAGAGAAAAAGAUUGAACUGGUGGGUGACGACAAAGAACAAGAAGAAGAAGAAGAAGACGGCGGCGUUGAAGUGCCGCCGGAAGAUUGCGAUCUCUUCACCGGCGAAUGGGUUUACGACGAGGCCACCCACCCUCUAUACAAAGAACCAGAAUGCGAGUUUCUUACAGCUCAGGUCACCUGCAUGAGAAAUGGAAGAAAAGAUUCUUCAUAUCAGAACUGGAGAUGGCAACCCAGAGAUUGUUCUUUACCCAAGUUCAAGCCAAAGUUGUUGCUGGAGAAAUUGAGGAACAAGAGGCUGAUGUUUGUUGGAGAUUCUCUGAAUAGGAAUCAAUGGGAAUCAAUGGUCUGUUUGGUCCAAUCAGCUGCCCCUCCAGGGAGGAAAAGCUUGACCAAGACUGGCUCUUUGUCUAUCUUCAGAAUCGAGAAUUAUAAUGCUACAAUUGAAUUCUACUGGGCUCCAUUUUUGGUCGAGUCGAACUCGGAUGACCCGACUAUGCAUAGCAUCUUGAACCGGAUCAUCAUGCCCGAGUCAAUCAUGAAGCAUGGUCAGAAUUGGAAAGAUGUGGACUAUCUCAUCUUCAAUACAUACAUAUGGUGGAUGAACACUUUUGCCAUGAAAGUUCUCCGUGGAUCGUUUGACGAGGGCGCGACCGAGUACGAUGAGGUCCCGAGGCCCAUUGCUUAUGGGAGGGUGUUGUCUACUUGGGCUAAGUGGGUGGAGGAAAACGUGGAUCCAAAUAAAACUCAAGUGUUCUUCAUGAGCAUGUCUCCCCUUCAUAUCAAGAGUUUGGAUUGGGAAAAUCCGGAUGGAAUAAAAUGUGCCAAGGAGACAACCCCAAUUCUGAACACAACAAUGUACCUAAAUAUCGGUACGGACAAGAGACUGUUUGUGGUGGCAUCAAAUAUAACAGAAACUAUGAAAGUCCCAGUUUAUUUCCUCAACAUUACGACGCUUUCUGAGUAUAGAAAAGAUGCACAUACUUCAGUGCAUACCAUUCGCCAGGGUAAAAUGUUAACUCUUGAACAGCAGGCCGAUCCUGCUACCUAUGCCGAUUGUAUACAUUGGUGCCUUCCUGGACUUCCUGACACGUGGAACGAGUUCCUUUACACACGUAUUAUCUCUCGUGGCUAGCUCUAUAUAUAUACAUGGGUGCCUACUUGGACAUUCUGGCUCAUGUCAUCUCAAGUUCUUUUUCUUUUUUUUUGGACACCAUAGAUGUGUCUUGAUAAUUUCUUGCUUUUUCCUCGUAUAGUUUUUUGUUUUUGUUUUUGUUUUUUUUUUUUUCUUUAGGCCUCGAUGACAAAAUUGGCAGAAAAAAUAAUCUGUCGAUUCAUGGUGUAUGAUUCAAUUGUAAAAUGACGUUUUUCUUGAAGAAAUAAACAAGUGUAACAAUAUGUCAAUAUA